AGCAGCGUUGCCAUCGUGGACUCCGACGUUGUUUCUCUACGACGGCAGGGUUCCGCGGCGGGCGUGUCUGAGGCGGUUGUCGAAGGCGUGACGUGGCAAACCGUGCGAGGAUUGGCAGAGAUGGACAGUCAUGGCUGCUCAAACGGUCGACGCGACGAAGAGAUCGACGCCGUGGCGAUGGCGGUGACUGCCGUUGUCAGCGUUGCAGAGGCGUCGGAUUGCGCGGGGACAUGUGAGGCAGUCGUCCAGUUGUGUGCCGCGGUGACGUCUGGCGUUUUCCCGCGGCAGACUCCGCGAUGGUGGGACAAACGACGGACUGGCGAGACAUGGGAGGACCUUUGGCUUCGAGACGACGCGACGGACGAGUACUUCCGGCAGAAGCUGCGCAUGUCGACGGCCAUGUUCAACCACAUCGUAGCCGCGUGCGCCGCGUACAUGGAGAAGAAAGUGAUGCACUAUCGAAUGCCAUUGCCAAUGGAGCAGCUGAUUGCUUUCGCGUUAUACAGGUGGGCGUCCGGAGAGAUGUACGAGAGCGGCACGUCAGCAUUUGGCAUCGACAGGGCAACUGGACUGCAGGCCGUCCGCGUCGUCAUUUUGGCGCUGCUGCAGGCGUACCCCGACGCGAUAAAGUGGCCAAUGGGCAGGAGACGUGCGCAGAUUCUGCGCGCUUUCCGUGAGAAGGGUUUCCCAAACUGCUUCGGCGCUAUCGACUGUACACACAUCUACAUUGACAAGCCUGCCGGCGCACCUUCCGAGAACUAUUACGACCGCAAACAGAAGUUCUCCGUGCAGGCGCAGGUGGUCGUGGAUUUGGAUUUGCGGAUCCUCGACGUCCACGUCGGAUACCCUGGAAGUGUGCACGACGUCCGUGUCCUGCACGAUUCCCAGUUGUUGAGGCGUGCAGAAAGUGGCGAGCUGUUCGACGCAACUCCGGAGAAUUUGCCGCAUGGUGUCGUCACGCGAGGCUACCUGCUGGUCGACAACGGUUAUCCAGUUGCCUGUCCGUGGAUUGUGUCGCCGUACGGAGGAAUCGACCAAGGUGCUGACGAGGAGCGCUUCGACACGCGGCAAAAGGUGGCACUGGGGUGUGUGGAGAGGGCAUUCGGCCGACUCAAGUGCAUGUGGCGUCUGUUCUUGCGCACCCAUAAGACGAACCUAGAGACCUUGCCACAACAAUUCGUGGUUGUCUGCACUCUCCACAAUAUCCUCCUGGACGCGGGGAUCGACUUCGACGAGAACCUUCUGUGGGAGGUGAAUGCAAACGACGUUCGGCAUGUGGGCUUGGGCAUUGUGGGGAACGGCGCAGGUGGGCGGGGACGGUGCACGAAUGUGGAAGGUGAAUUGUUGAGGGAUGCACUGCGAGACCGCCUAGCUUUGAUGUAGGACCGUGCGGUAGGGAGGUGGUGCACACGGGGUGGUUCGAUCGGUAGGCGGCUGGAGUUAUUACGUGGUCCGUGUCCAUGGUCGUAGUGCGCGUGGUUGGUUGGUCGAUGGAACAGCGGCAUGAUUGUCGUCGACGAUUUCAUAUUAUCG